AAAACUCCUCCUUGUCUCUUCUACCAUGUCGUUCAAGCAUAACUUCAUCAAGCGCUGCUCAAGGCGGUCCCUCCAUUAGUCGAAGCGCACAGAAAGCUAGUUGCUUUAGUAGCAAAUACUCUCUCGUGCACUUCCUGCCCCCUUUCAUCCGUCGUCGCUGAUCUCAGCUGUUGCACGCGACACCAACCUCUGGCGCGCACGUCUGUCUGAUCCUUGCAGCAUCCCGAAUUCUGCUCUCGCUACAAUGUCCAGCGCAACCCCUUUCGAUCCUUCACAGCAUCCGCACAGGCGAUGGAACCCGCUCACAGGUUCCCAUGUGCUCUGCUCUCCGCAUAGGACUCAAAGGCCCUGGCAAGGAGCUCAGGAAGCUGGUGCGGGUGGACAAUUACCGGCCUACGAUCCCAAAUGCUACCUGUGCCCAGGCAACGACCGAGCUACUGGAGGAAAGAAUGAACAGUACGAGGGAACGUAUUUUUUCGAGAACGACUAUGCCGCAUUGAAACCUGACGAUGUGGAGUUCAAGGAAGAUGCUUCUACGUCGCAUCCGCUGCUUAGGUCGACUCCAGCGAGAGGGAGGUGUUACGUCAUCUGCUUUCACCCUUCGCACAACCUCACCAUCGCGCAGCUGACCAGCGCCCCGUACAGCGCCAGUGUGGACAUACUCAGGAUCGUGCAAGCCUGGAAAUCUCUCUACCUUCGCAUAUCCUCCGAAAAUCCUUUUGUAAAGUAUGUUCAGAUCUUCGAGAACAAGGGAUCCGCCAUGGGAUGCUCCAAUCCUCAUCCACACGGCCAGAUUUGGUCUCUAGACUAUGUCCCUCAAGAGCCGCAAGUGGAGUUGGAGAACCAAAAGGCAUACGCUUUGGAGCCAGCCAAUGCUGCGCCGGAAGUGCUCAGGGGCGCGCCUCUGGAUUCGAACGGGAAGCCGAGCUUGCUGCUGACAUAUGUUCACCUCGAGCUCAACACGCCCGGAAGGCCUCGUGUGAUCACGCUCAAUCAGCAUUUCGUCGCAGUGGUGCCCUACUGGGCAGUCUGGCCUUUCGAGACGCUCAUCCUGCCGGCCAAGAGGCACAUCAAUAGUCUAGCACACAUGACAGAGGAGGAGCUCUCGAGUCUGUCAGACAUUCUCGGAAGGACGGCUUGUCGGUUGGACAACAUUUUCAGCUGCUCCUUUCCCUACUCCAUGGGCAUUCAUCAGAGGCCCGUGCCCGCUACGACGACCGGUAAAGAUGGCGCCGCAUCGGCAUCCUCGGACGUGGCAGACUUUGCCCAGUUUCACAUUCACUUUUAUCCUCCGCUGCUCAGGAGCGCUACGGUGCGCAAGUUCUUGGUCGGAUUCGAGAUGAUGGCGGAACCGCAGAGAGACCUGACGGCUGAACAAGCUGCGGAGAGGAUACGCAAUUGCAGCGAAGUACAUUACACCGUCAAGUGAGCGAUGCGAUGCCAUGCAGAUAUAUCUCCUCUGAUGCUCGUCAGCGCAGUCAGGAUCGCUGUGUGAAGACUCAACGCAGAAGCGAACGAUUAGUUUGGGAUAUGUGCCGCAUGAUAUCUAGGCGCACGCUCGGGCCUCACAAAUAAUCAAUCACUGCUUUGAAAUCAAUUGCAU